UUUAACUCAGCAAUAAUGACUUAUCUUCGUGAAAGUAAAGCAAAGAUCGGUUAUUAUUUGAUGUGGAGCCACGCUGGUGCAGCUUUCUUUAUUGCUAGUACUUCAUUAUUGGCAAAGUUGACUAAAGUACGAUUUUGCGAUACCAUUGAAAAUGGAUAUUUUGUAUCGUUUAUAGUCGGUGGAAUAUGUCUUUUAUUAUCGAUGUUUUCGCUAUCUUGGUUUGAAUAUGAAUACAGUGAUGCAAGAUCGUUCAAAUGGUCAGGAGUUCGAAAUGAUAUUCUCAGCGUACAUUAUGGCUUCAUGUUUGCUUUAUUGCUUUUUCUGGGCAUGUGCACGUCAUUUCAAUUGUUCUGGGAAUUUUGGUACUUGGAUAAACUGUCUGCGACUCCAUUGCUACUGGGAACAGCGGCUUUAGUUCGAAGGCCUAUUCUUGUUUUAUCAGUAUGCUCUUCAAAACAUUUGAUCACAACCAUUGCAUGGUUGGUUAUAGCUAUCGACACGUUACAAGCGACUGCUUAUGGAUUUUGUCGCUCAGUGUUUGUCGUACAUUUCUCAAAAGCUGCAUCAAAAGAGAACUCCAAUAUGAUUAUAGGUUUACAAGAAACUACUUUCGCCAUUGGACAUGACGGUGGAGCUACUUUAAUGGGAGAAUUGUUUCAUCUCUUUGGAACUCAGAUGACAUUUGUUUUAUAUUCAUCAGCAUCAGGCGUUUUGGUUUUUAUUUUAAUGUUGUAUAUUUACCAUACAAAAUCCUUUAAUGAUUAUAAAGAGGUAGACCAAGGUGGCGUCGACGAAUAAUCGAGUAUAUAUAUAUAUAAUCAAUUAAUACAAAUUUUGCGCAGCAUGGUCUGUUUCGACGGAAUGGGGAGAGUUAUCGUUUGUUUAUACAAUUUAAGUGACUUAUUGGGCCGCCUAUAGUAAUACCUGAAACUUGUUUUUGACAGUGUUCAUUAAAUCGAUUUUUUAUCGACAAAUAUCUGCAUAAAAUUUAAAACAAAUCAAUGACUCUAACGCCAUUUGUACCGUAAAGUUGACGGUGAAAACAUAGACAAAAUGUUAUUAAAAAAUAUCGAUCAAUUUA